AUGCAUUACGAUUCGAAAUAUUUUGAAAUUAAUGGUCCUGAUACUCUCUUUGCUUUAAAUGGCACUCCACAAGCAACAAAAUUAUUAGCAAUUGGAUACAUUGCCAUUAGCGGUGCACUCCUCUUUGCAAGACUUUCUGAAUAUAAUAGAUUGGAUGAUCCCGAAUUAAAAUUUAAUAGCAUAGUAUCGCCAAUUGUCCAAUUAAUACCAAGUAAAAUUUGGAAGUUCCCCGUCUCAUUGAUUUUAUCGAAUUUUAUCGAUGUGGAAGUAUGGAAAUUCAUUAUUAAUUUUACCAAUUUGAUUAUUGGUGGAUCAUUUAUUGAGCAAAAUUGGAAUGACAAUUCCAAAGAAUUGCUGAAAUUUGUCUUCGUUAUAGGUUCAGUGACAAAUUUAGUCGUUGUCAUAGUGACAAUAUUAUUGGGAUUAAUCACUUCUCAUAUACAGUUGGAUGAACCACUGGAUGGUAAUUAUACUGUGUUAAUUGGAUUUCCUAUAAUUUAUAAGCAGUUGAUGCCAGAAACUACAAUUUUCCAAUUGAAAAAUUUGGGGUUUUUAUCCAAAAAUUUCAGGUUUAAACUUUUACCUAUUUUCAUUAUGAGUUAUUUGACAAUUUUUCAUUUGAUCAAGAUGCAUUGGAUCCAAUUAAUAUCAAUUUGGAUUAAUUUCUUUGCAUGUUGGACCUAUCUAAGAUUUUUCCAAAUGUUACGAAUUGGCGAACAAAUUACUGUGGGUGAUGCCUCUGAUACUUUCCAACUCUUGUAUUUUUUCCCAGAUUUAGUGAAACCAAUUUUGAAACCAAUAUUCGAUAAGACUUACAGUUUAGUCUGUUACAAAUUAGAAUUGAUACGACCAUUUCAAAAUGAUGACAUUGAUAAAAGUAAUGCCAUAGCCGAACAGAGAGGAGCUAAGAAAAUAUCAGGUACUCUUGAGGAAAGGCGUAAGCAAUUAGCCUUACAAGUACUCCAAGAAAGAAUGGUUUGA